AUGGCAUUUGCCCUCAACUUGUUCGCUGUGCUGGCUGUUGUGUCGGUGACAGAGGUACUGGGCUUUGCUUCCUAUCGCUCACGAAUCCCUAACGGAUUCGCUGUUCAACAUCCCUGUGAUGCCAGCAAAGUCUGGUCGGGCGUGGGGCACAACAGUGAUCAAGGCGGUGACGCUCGCAACCCGUUCGGCUUGGACUUCCAGGCGACAGGCCACGCCUGGACCGACAGUCUCUGCCGUGCCGAUUCCGAUAAGGACGGACUGACCAAUGGGCAAGAGUUGGGUGAUCCCGACUGCAAGUGGCAGCCUGGGCAAUCUGCACAGCGCUCCACCAACAUCACGCAUCCAGGGUUUGAUUCCAGCCGGGUAGACUGUACGCGAUUCUUCAAGCGCUGCAAGGCAUUCGACGCCCCGGGCGUGAAGUACUUUGACCUACGCGCUGCGAACGGUUCUGAAGACACCAUAGUGCCCGCCAAGGAAACUACGUACUAUAACAUGAACUUCGAGUUGCCUGCAGAUCGCCAGUAUCAUGCAGUUGGAUUUGCACCGAUCCUGGACAACGUCAACGUUAUCCACCACUUCCUCGUCUACAGCUGUGAUAGGCCUCGUCCAACCGGCAAAGGCUUCGAGGCGUUCAGCAACCAUGAAGACUGCCAGAGACUUGUCUACGGAUGGUCAUUCGGAAUGGGCGAUGAGUGCUUCCCCAUGGACACUGGAGUCCCAUUCGGCGGGAAACACCCACGAUAUGUUCAACUACAGCUCCACUGGACUAACAGGAACAAGGUUGCCGGCUAUCGCGACAUGUCCGGUGUUCGAAUGUACUACACCAGCAAACCGAGGAAGUACGAUCUGGGCUUCAUCUCCGUGGGGCAGCUGAAUCUCAACAUCCCGUCGCAACAGCCGGCUGUGGAGGCGUCCUUCGGCUGUAGCAGCGGCUGCACCAAGACACUACUGGACCAGGGACCCGUGAAGCUUAUCACCGGUGCGCCACACAUGCACUUCCUGGGCAAGUCCAUGCUCGUAGACCUGAUCAAGCCCACUGGGCACCGCCAACGGAUCCUGAAUGACAAAGUUUACAACUAUAACGCCCCGGCUACGUACGACUACCCCUCGCCGAACUAUAUCGACUUGGAGGCUGGCGACAAACUCGUAGGAUCGUGCACCUUCAAUAGUAUGGACCGGAACGACUCUACAUACUGGGGAUACGGAUCGUAUGAUGAAAUGUGUUUCGGAUUCUUUCGAUACUACCCCAGUCGCGGAGCUCUGAACUGCUAUCAGUACGGCGAGAACGAUCUCUGCUACGACACGACAACCGUGGACGGUCCUCGCUGCAGUCUUUUCCAUUACUUCGAGAACAUUACCGUCACCGUCAACAACGCCAUGCACGCGUGCAGUGACGUCAUGCAUGCCGCCGCCGCCGAACAAGCGAAGCAGGCGCAAGACCAACCGACCGGCAGCGGGGGCACAGCGACUACUCGGAAUGCUCGUCCGGUGUGCACGUCUCAGUGCCUGGCGCAAGUGUCACGCAUCCUAAAGGCGCACCGAGACCCAUGCCAGAAGACCAGGCAUCGCAAGGAGUGGAAGCUGCUGGACAGCCUCGUGUCGCAGAGGACAUCCACCCUGGAUGACGUGGUCAGCCAUUGCCAAACAGUCGGUAUGGUUGAGGAGGAGGUACAACAGCUGAACAGUGGCUCUAGCACCCUCCUCAUGAGCUGUCCACUGUUUAUCAUAAUGGCAUCACUCCGCUUGUUGAUUGUCUAG